UCAUUUCCUGACUCGUGAUUUGUCUGACGAGUUGCAGCUGCCGUGUUGUGAAGGUCCUGAGCGUCCUGGUGGUGCUGGAUUUGUCCCUUGGCAUUCUCCCUACCCCACAUGUGCGUGCUGCCGGCGAGCUGAAGAUCGGUGCCCGCCACCAGAAGAAGCCUUUUCAGGGGUCAAGCGCAGCUCCGGCUCUGAGCCCUCAGCUCCCAGCGUGCGUGCCGUCUUGCCCCGAUUCCCCAGUCCCGGCCGAGCGGGAUGAAGCUGCUGGUUUCCAUCGCCUUCCUGGCCGCGCUUGCGCUGGCACAGGGACACCCCGACCCCGCGCUGGACUGGCACUGGCAGCUCUGGAAGAAAACCUACGGCAAGGAGUACCGCCACGAGAAAGAGGAAGGGGACCGGCGAGCGACGUGGGAGAGGAACCUGCGGCUGGUGACGCUGCAUAAUCUGGAGCAUUCCCUGGGGUUGCACUCCUACGAGCUGGCCAUGAACCACCUGGGAGACAUGACCAGCGAGGAGGUGGCGGCUUUGUUAACUGGGCUGAACGUCGCCCCUCGGCCAAACCGGACCUCCACGUACCGACCGCAGCUUGGCAGCAAAGUCCCCGACACCAUGGACUGGAGGGAGAAGGGAUGCGUCACGGAUGUGAAGAACCAGGGCGCCUGCGGGUCGUGCUGGGCGUUCAGUGCCGUGGGAGCCCUGGAAGCCCAGGUGAAGCUGAAGACGGGGAAGCUGGUGUCUCUGAGCGCCCAGAACCUCGUUGACUGCUCUAUGAUGUACGGGAACAAAGGCUGCAGUGGAGGUUUCAUGACCGAAGCUUUCCAGUACAUCAUUGACAACCAAGGGAUUGACUCGGAUGCGUCCUACCCCUACACGGCUCAGAAUGGGACAUGCCAAUACAAUGCUUCCACACGAGCCGCCACUUGCUCCAAGUACGUUGAGCUCCCGUAUGGCGACGAAGCAGCCCUGAAAGAUGCUGUAGCCAACAUCGGACCAGUCUCUGUCGCCAUUGACGCCACCCAACCCACCUUCUUCUUGUACAGGUCAGGCGUGUAUGAUGACCCCCAGUGCACGCAGAAGGUGAAUCACGCAGUGCUUGUGAUCGGCUACGGCACCCUAAAUGACAAGGAUUACUGGCUUGUGAAAAACAGUUGGGGCGUGAGUUUUGGUGACAAGGGCUACAUCCGCAUGUCGAGAAACCAUGCGAACCAUUGCGGGAUUGCCAGUUACGCCUCUUACCCGCUAAUAUAGAGGGACCCUGUGCUGCAGAGAGGACUCCUGAGGCUGCGGUUAAAUCACUAAUGCUACGCUUGCACGGAUCUACUGAUUUCAAGAACCAUUUUCUGGCGCUGGGGGCAAAGUCCUUCUGUUCGAUCAGCCUGUCUUACAGGCCAGGAGGGAGCCCCUUGCGUGGGAGGAUUUUGGAAUAUGAUUUACGGGUGCCUAGUGACUUCUUCUGGGGGAAACCCAGGAUUUUUCAGAGUGAAAUUGCGAUACCUACAGUUAUGACAGAUCGUGGUUUUCCUCUGUCCAAUUUAGCAUUGAGUACUGCUACGAUGACACAUUUUAUCCCUGUGUGAUGUUGAUGAAAUUGCAGAAUUUGUUUGAAAAAUAAAAGAUCAGUUUCACUGUCUGAAAAUCUGGUCUCUGGAGGCAGGAAAGGGUGGCAGAGGGAAUUCUAGCUCGUACUUGCCCAUCUGGCAGUGCUGCCCCAUGUAAGGACCUCUCGCAAAACCUCUCCACAAAUGAUGCUUCCCUCCAAACGACGUCUGUGAUUUGGGAAUGGAGGAUACAGACCACCACGCCGCUGCCGAAAGCGUGGGGAGAGAAAGCAGCUGACAUCCCUGGUGUCAGGACGAUGUAAGUUCUCACAAUGAUGAUAUCGGAAUAUAAACGCUGUCACUGGUGCUUCAGCUCCAUCGCACCGACGCAACGCAACCCAUCGUCGAACGCUUGUUUCCAACAGGGGCGGUAAAACCAAUUCUGAAGGAGAAAGGUUUUCCUGUUAAACCUUGGUUGAGAUCGCAAGUUCACCAACACUUCUUCUUCACAUUUAGGUACGCACCAUAGGCUUUAAAAAACACAUCUUGUGGUUUUUUUCCCUGACAAACUUUAGCGAAUCGCUUUUAUCUUCAGCUGGGCGCUGUGCUGGGCUGAGGUGCCACUGCCACCUUGGGGGAGGUGGGGGAACUGAACAAGCCUCCGCCCGCAAAGUGGCAUUUGGGAACGCUCACAUCACCUGUCAAAAUCAUCACAUAUUGGCCUUUGCAGUUGUGUCUGAGCUCUCCAGAGAAGUUAUUGUUGGGUUGGUGGGGUUUUCUAAACCCUUUUGCCAAAGCAUUGCUCAUUCUUAAAACCCCAUCGACUAAAGACAUCUCCUCUCCAAGCAUGGAGGUUGCUGAGGACCACUGCGCACCUACAGCUCCAGCUCUGCCCUUGGAAGGGGAUCAAAAACCAUCGUGUUUUCAACCAGCGAAGAGCCGAUGGGCCAAGA